AUGGCUUCCAUCACAUCCUCCAUUCGCUCCUCCAUGCUUAGAGGCAGCAGAUUCCAGCUCCGUCCUCUCACUAGACAUGCCUUUAUCCAGGCAUAUCUAUUCCACACGUCUCCGUCCUACAGAGCCCUGAAGGAGGAAGACAGACACCGAGACACACAGGAAGUAUCCUCCGAAGUCGAGAGGGAGAAGCAUGAACACCUGUCCAAACACAAGGAGGGCCAUGGAAAGUGGAAUAAUAGCCUUGCAAGCAGCAGUGAGGCAGAUGUCAAAGCCGAUAGAGGAGAGGUAGACAGCGUGGAGACGGAGCAGAUGGAAAAAGAAGUGCGCAAGGCGAGGACUAUCAAUAAGGAGACUAAGGGUGCUUCUAAGUGA